GAGAUAGCAACCACGGUGUUCCUUUACUCACGGCCAAUCCUACAGUCAACCUCUGAGCAUCCACCUGCACGGACGGAGGUACUCGACCUCACGGUGAUAUCCGGUGUAGUGACAUGAACGGCAUUUCGUGACUUCUUAAUUAUUUUACCGCCUCUAACUUUUUUUUGGCACAAUUUUUAUUUAAUUACUCUUGAAAUAAACUAUUUUUAAAUUAUCAUUUCAUUCAAUUUUUAUUGACAAUUAAACAGACCGGUAAUAAAAAUUAUUUAUUACAAUGUUUUCAUAUUUAACGGUGCGGAGUGUGCUCAGGUUUUUCCUAUUUGCUCUAGUAUGUGGAUCUUACACCCACGCAACUAAAAAAUGUACUGCGGGAGGAUUAGACCUGAAAUAUGUAAGGGGAGAUGCACUGGUCGAUUCUACUGAUUGUAUUGGACCUAAUGAUGUACCGUAUCCAUCAGCGGCAAUAGAAAAAAGUUUGAAGACUUCGUGGGGAGGAAACAGCCGAACCGGAAGGGCAUAUCAUCAAAACCGAGUUGUAGAUCCUGAGCUGACUAGACAAAAGCUCUUACACAAUUACAAACUAUCUCACGGUGAUUACACCGUGUCCAGUGUGCGGAACGGUCGGAGUUUCAGUUCAAAAGAAACAUGCGGAUCACCAGGUCGGCUUUGUAAAACCCGCUACAACACGACAGCACCUAUGUACGGGGUCAGUCUCACCAGCGGACAACCAGUUACCAUUGUACAAAAAUUUCCCGACCUACUGCAGCAAGUUGUCUUCGAGGUUUGCGAAUCCAAGGAAUGCGACGUAGUACACGGUGAAUGUACUCAAACUUAUGUCCCAUAUUUAUUCUUGGUGAUACCGCUUGGCCCGGUGACACUCACGGGUCAGGAUUACGUUCUUGUCGAAAGUGGUUGCGUGUGUAAGCCCAGAAGUUCAUUGACUGGAAAUUCUGAAGCACCCUUAGUACCUAACUUGUAAUAUAUUUAUUAAUUGUUAUUAUUAUUAUUAUUAUUAAUAAAUAAUAAUAAUAAUUAUUAUAAAUAUAUUUAUUUAUAAUUAUAAAUUAUUUAAAGAAAAAUGAUAAAUGUGGCAAAGGAUAUUGACGAUAUCGUCGCCUUUCUGUGAAAGGGGCACUUUCGUUUUGGACUAAGGCUGUUUGACUCUCUUUUUCUCUUCUUCCCUUAUAUUACUAUACAUUGAGAUACUUGUUUAUGGUCUGAUCUAAAUGUCUCUGUUACUCUCUCACGAUAAUGUUGUUGAUGAUGGUGAUGAUAGCCAAGCGCGGUUCUUGACCCAAACAAUCUUCACGAGGAGGAUCACCGACGCGCAUUUCCCACGCUCAAUUCACUGCUUUAUGAAUUGCUUUGUAUUAUUACUUGUAACGGUCCAACCGUGGAAAUUGCAGCGUUAAUUUUCAACAAUAUAGAAAAAUAAUAACAUAAGACCAUGGGAAGGGCAGAAAAAGAGAGCUAUCAACAAUUUAUUUUUAUUUGGACUAGAUGUAUUCUAGUAAAUUCUUAAACGAGAUCACAUGAAUUUUUGUACGUGAAAAAAAUUAGCAGAGGAUAAAAAUAAAAAUAAAACGAAAAGAAAAGGAAUGUAUGAUGAAUACAAUUUGAAUUCAUUGAAUAUGAAAAUGUUAAAUGUAUAAUAAAAAUAAAUAACAAGACUGCGAUGUGUAAGAAUUGAAUUGUGUCAAUAGUAUGGACUGAGAAUCACGAAGUCAGGUCGCAUGUACGCUACUGGCCCGCUUAUUUCAAAACCGGAUAGCUGAUGAGAAUGUGGAGGGAUUGUUCCUCUGAUUUUAUGACGAUGCCGCGCCUGCAACCAUCCCGAUAACGCUUGAGGCUUAAGGAGAUUUAAAAAGUAAGGGCAAGAGGGACAAAAAAAAAACGAACUUAAACGAAUGAUCCCUUACUCAAACUACUUGCAUAUAAGCCUGACUAGGUAAUAUAUGACUGGACAUGUGUCUCUGCAUAGAUUUCUUGUAUAAGCCUCGACUUAAUACAUCGUACUAUGAAUUCCAAUGAAUGUAAUCAACCGUUACUUUGCUACGGGAUCGUUCACCUUGACUUACGCAUCAAUGCGAUUCUGUGAAUCAUCUGGAGAACGUGACAUUGAAACAAUUAUUAAUAUUAAUAAUUUAAAGCUCAUUAAUAUAUAUGUAGUACACACACAACACACUCACACUUGAUCUAUAAAUAUAACUCAUACGCAUAUAAAUGAUCCUGAAAUUAACAGACAAUUAAAAAUUUUCGGAUUUUUUUUUCAACAAAUCAAUGGCAAAAAAAAAAAAAAAUAAAAAUAUGCACACGUAGAAAAUUUUAAAAAUCAUAAGUGCAUUUUUUUCGAAUUUUUCUUUUUUUUUAAAUUUAAAAAAAUCCAAAAAUUAUUAAACGUCGGCUAACUUCAGUAUCAUAAAUAUAA